GGAGUGGAAAUCCCUGACUCUUCUGCUGGACCAGCACAACAUGGUCCUUUUAAUUCUCUAUUUCCUUCUGUCUUCUGCGUGUUGCACCAUCCUGGAUGAGGAGUCUGGCAGCCACCAGCAGCAGCACCAGUACAACUCCCUGCCACCCUUCAUCGACGUGUUGCCACCGGGGCCCUUCUAUGAUGUGGAGCGCUCUGCCAAUGUCACCGCUCUGGUCGACCAGCCAGCCAAACUCAACUGCAGAGUCAACAAGAUUGGCAACAGAACCGUGUCGUGGCUGCGGCAUAGAGACACACACCUGCUGACGGUAGGGCCGUACACAUACACCAGCGACCAGAGGUUCAGAGCAGUGCACACUGCAGGCUCCGAGGACUGGGCGCUCACUGUUAAGUUCGCACAAGUGAGAGACUCUGGCAUGUAUGAGUGUCAAGUGUCCACCACGCCUCCCAUGAGGCACUACAUCUGGCUCACAGUCGUAGAGCCCAAGACAACCAUAUACGGGAGUGGGGACGUGUUCAUUAACAAAGGCAGCAACAUCAACCUGACGUGUGUGGUAGACUACACACCAGUGCCGCCGUCUUACGUCAUCUGGAAACAUAACAAUAAGGCUAUAAAUUAUUCCACACUUGACAGGGGAGGUGAGAGUGUGCGCACGGAGGGAAAGGUUCCCAGGACAACCACCCCCAACCUGCUGGUGAGGAGGGCGGCCUCUGUCACGGACUCUGGUUACAUAUCGUGUAACCCCAGCUGCGCCCGUCGACUAGGAGAACAUCCGGAGGCGAUGCAGCAUGGUGGUCAUUCAUCGUACGACGUGUCUGUCUGCCUGCUUAUUAUUUCCCUCACUCUAGUAGCCACCCUCUUCUAGAGCAGCACUAGUGCUAAUAGUGCAAAACCAUGGUCACUCGUGCAGCAGCAUGGCUACUUUUCCUCCAAUAUGUCAGUCUUGCUACUGGUCACCGCCCUUACCACAACGAACAACAUUUAUGGUUACUAAACACAACUGUCGUGGAUAACUACUAUCAAUAGUGUGGACACAUCACUUCCAACUGGCGUCGUAAACAUUACCACCCGUCUGUGGAGACUGUCUACACCAUCAUAUAGAAAAUAAUGUGUAGGCUCCAUCAAUUUCACUAUCACCAGUGGUUGUGGACAACACUGCCAGCAUCACCAUCACCAGCGGUUGUGGACAACACUGCCACUAUCACCAUCACCAGUGGUUGUGGACACCACUGCCACUAUCACCACCACCAGUGGCUGUGGACACCACUACCACCAUCACCACAACCAGUGGCUGUAAACACCACUACCACCAUCACCACCAGUGGCUUUGGACACCACGGCCACCAUCACCACCACCAGUGGUUGUGGACACCAUUGCCACCAUCACCACCACCAGUGAUUGUGGACACUACUGCCACCAUCACCAGUGGUUGUUAACACCACUACUACCAUAACCACCACCAGUGGUUGUGGACACCACUACCACCAUUACCACCACCAGUGAUUGUGGACACCACUGCCACCAUCACCAGUGGUUGUGGACACCACUACCACCAUCACCACAAUCAGUGGUUGUGAACACCACUACCACCAUAACCACCACCAGUGGUUGUGGACACCACUACCACCAUUACCACCACCA